AUGGCAGACGUCGUGAAGAGCAUCCUGGGAACACACCAUCUCCAGCCAAUUGAUCUUAUCGACCUUCCAAUUGUCGAUGAAAGCUUUUGUUUCUGGGGUGUCUACCUGGAUGUCGUACUCAAGAACGACACAGACCUCGUCGAGGGUGUUUACCUUGGCUCCAGUCUGGGGUACAAAGGUGUGGCCUGCAAAGACGAUGUCACUCCACACUUCCGAACAGUCUCACUAUUUGAAGUGACCCGUGGCAACGCGGUUGCAUCAAUUCUCGCUGAGCACGGGCUUAUGAUAUACCUCUCAACAGUGGCAUGGGCAUACCCCAAUCAGCUGAAUCUCUUUCACGAAAGCAGGAAUGGAAUCCAAGGUCUUCCUGACUUCAGUGACAUCGGUCUGAACAGGGCCCUACCCUUAGCCCAAAAUCAACAUUGGUUACCUUGCAAUAGGACCAUUUAUCAAGGAUGGCUGAAUGGAAAAAACCAAGAGGACCAAGUUUUAAAUGUGGCCGCCCAUUCACCAAUCUGCCAGAUGAAAAGAGAUGGAAAGGCUUUUUCGAAGCGAGACGUUGCGCUGCCUGUUGGCUCCAUUGAUGUAAGCACAAGGAGAACUGCCCCGAUCUCAUUACUGACGCAAGGAUGCACGAGGUCUUUGGUUGGCUGGGGCAACCCUAAUGUAUGUGGGAAUCCAGCAUGCGAAGAGCCAAGAACUCCUGCAAAUAUGCGCAAAUUUCGUUUUUGGGGUCAGGAUAUGCGAUGCGCAGGUUGUUACCUGCAUCUAAGAACUCACGGCAGCGAUAACAAUAGCCCGAAAUAUGGGCAGACGGCGGCGGGUCAUCGCAAGUGGGUAGAGAAGGGGCACGACGAUGUCUAUGGAACAUGUCGUGUACCUAGCCAGAUUGAUAGCCACCUCGUUGGAGGGAAAGGCUGGAAGGCAGCAUCUAAAUACCCGGCCUGCGCUCGCAAGCCAACCAAGAAAGAAGAUGAGGAGUGGAGGGAGCUGUAUGGGGAUAUCAGCGCAAUAUGUGGUGUAGACCGCGAGUAUACCAUUUUCAUAAUGCGCCGCACGGAGAAGAGGGCUUGUGCUCUCCUCCAAACCAGGAAAAAAGGGGAUAAAACAUCUGACGAGGUCGAUGAAGGCGCCUCCCAAGACUAG